AUGGUCAAAGAUUUCAAUAUCACCCCAAGCUGGGCGGAUAUACCCCUUCCUCCAGGUACAGACUGCUGGCACCUUGCACUUGCCCUUUGCUACUCUGAAGCUCGACUUUAUGAGACUCACGCCCUACCUGUACCGUUUUCUGGCUGUUUCGCAAAGAAGGAUACUUCGAAGUUUGAACCCAGCUUUGCUGAUAUCAUUCGUUUAGGCCGUUCUCUGAACUCCUGUCAGGUGGCAUUUUACAGUAUGUGUCCACAACAUGUUCAAUUACCUAUCAACCCAAGCUUUGCAUCCUUUCCUCCUCCGCGCCAUGAAUCCUCGGCAACUCCAGCCCCUAUGCUUGACAACAGCCAAACCCGAAAGCGUUUUCUUUUCCCAUCGGACAGACCAACCUUAGCUCCGCGUGCGAUACAACCCCGACCAACGACCAGCACAGCUUCGUUCAGCAGUGAGAGUGGCGCGUCGGCCUUGUUGUCCCCAGGUUCGGAUAGUAUGCCAUCCCGAGGUGAACCACCACGCAAGCGCGGUCGGCCUAGCAAAGCCGAAUCAGAGAGACGAAAAGCAGCCGCUGAAGCUCGUGGAGAAGCAUAUCCACCUUCGAGGAGAACUGGCUUAAGCAAAAUGAAAGCUCCUUCUACACCAACCAGUUCCUCAAACAUCGAACCUCUGGCUGCCUCGUUCAUUCCUCAUGCUAGUGGUAGUCGACACCCAAGUGUACUACGAUCUGAUCUGCAUUACGUACCCCCGCCCGGAAGGCCCCCAAGACUUUCAGGGCCAAAUGAAAAUCAGGGGAUGAUGGAUGCGCCCCGUCGUGACAUAGGACAUCCGGCGAGAGACUUGCCACGACCAACGGAAAUGAUACAGACACUACCUUCCCCACAAACACUACAUUCCGGCCAGAGGGAAACGAUCUCGCGCAUGGAGCCUGCGGAGCGACCAUUUGAAGCAUCCCCGCCAGAUCGGAUAUCCUUCGGUGAUGGCAGCCGAAGAUCUCUCCUUCAUAGAUGCCCAGAUGAACCACCUAUCUCAGUUCCGGAGGUGCCUCUGCACACUUCGGUCGAGAAACGAGCCGAAUGA